CUCUUUUGCAGGGUCUCUUUUUUCCCCCAGAGGAAGACUUACAAGCAUCAAAUCAUUCUGAUCUUAGGUUCUGUUUCCCGUUCGUCAAGGAAAUGACCUUUUUCUUCCCCGCCCCGCCGCAAAACUGUGGAAAAACUCGCGUCGAAUGAAAUGAACCCUGGCACAAAAGAUAGACAGUCGAAAAAUCCAUCUUGAAUCAUCAUAAUCCGAACACAAUCGCAAAAUCUUUAGAAAUAUCAAGCCUCAGUCAUGUCCAAGGACGACGCGUGCAAAGUGACGUCUGCCAUCAAACACAAGGAGCGCAAGCCUAAGAAACCUCACUAUAUUCCCCGGCCAUGGGGCAAACCCUACAACUACAAAUGCUUCCAGUGUCCAUUCACGUGCAUGGAGAAGUCUCACCUCUACAACCAUAUGAAGUACAGCCUGUGUAAGAACUCCCUCUCUCUGCUCAUAGAGUCAGACUGGCCCUACAAAAAGGGCAACAUCCUGCACCCAGACCAGCUGCGACCCUUUCAGCAGGCACACGGUCUCCAUGCUCCCGGGAAAGACGAGCUAGAGCAGGCAGCGCGGACUGAGGAGAGACAAAGGCAGCGGAGGAACAUGGGGGAGGAAGGAGAGGACAGGGAAAACCAGGGAGUAGAAGAUGCGGAGGAGGGAGGACGAGGCGAGCGGUCAGAGAGUGUCGGGCUGGCGAGGGAGAGCUCCGGCAGCGACAGGGGCGGAGGAGAUGCUACAGAGUGCGCUGCCAAGAAAAUCAAACAACCAGAGUCAGAACUCCUAAUGGCCGACAUGCUCUCCCUGGAGGAUCAGCUUUUACGAGCACGCUCAGUCGAAGUAGAGGCCCAGCUUAAACACUACAAGCUCUCCAAGACAUGUCUGACGGCUCCUGGGCUGCUCUCGGAGCAGUGGCGGCUGUUGGCGUCCAGCCACACUAAGGCCAAAGCAGAGGGAGCUCAGGCCAGAGUGAGUAGCUCGAUCCCCUGUUACCCUCCUCCCCCAAACCUGGUAGAUUACCAGGAUCCCACUGGACUCAAUCUGUCAGUGCUCGGGGUGGGCUACCCCAUCAGCCCCAGCCUCUUCUCCUACAUGAACUCAGCCAUUUCCACCCCUGCCACGGGUGUGACUGCCCAGACCCAUGCGCAGCUCGCCCAGCUUCCCUUCCUGGCGUCGGCGGCUCAACUGAUGCACCCGGCCUCAGGCACGCACACAGAGAGAGCGCUCAUCCCCCCUCGUCUCUACUACCCCUUCCUGUGUGAGCACACGUUCGGACCGGCCCCCGGUCAGAGUGAUGCCAGCAAAGCGCUCAAGAUGUCCACAAACGGCCUGGAAGCGAAUCCCCUGUCUGGCUUCCAGCCCAAAGUCAAUCUGUGGAAAGUGCCAGCCCUGCGACCAGGCACCACCACUGGCCCCACUGCUGGCUGGGUGUCUCCGCAGAGAGACUCCCUCGACCAGGGCUACAGGCCGGGGGAUAAACUGCAGGAUUCAACCAAGGAAGGCAAAGCAAGCUGGGGUCUAAAGAGGACAGGGGCCCCACUGGGGAACCACGAGGCACCUGUGGAGAAGAAGCCGGCCCUGGGCUUUACUUUGGACCUCCUGAAGAAUAUUCAGACUGCAUCAACUCUUAACAUGGCGGCGGACAGACUUCUUUUCCAGAACAGUUUACAGGACGCUCAGCUUCAGACCCGGCCCACUGAACUGUGGUACAACGACCCUCUCACCAGUCCCAAAAGUGAAACCUCCUCUCUUUCAACGUGUGGAGGACCCAAUGGCCAAGACUCGUCCGCUGCCCAGACAACGGAGGACGAUGCCUCGGAGUCAGCGGGCGCUCUCCUGAGUGACCUCUCCAAGGCGCUGCAGGAGUACCAAGAGGCUGAGCGCAAAAUCUCCCACCUUGAGAAGGAAGACCUCCCCGCCCAGCGCCACCUCUGGGAUCACCUGAGCAAAAUCCGCAGCGAACUCUCCCACAUACACCAGGCGCUGGAGCGGACCGCUCGCCAGAGCGAAGGGCCGCUCGACCUGUCGGUCAAGAGGGACUUGACAAAUUUGGCCGGCGACGCGGGUGUGAGGGAGGACAGCAGUCUGAAGGACAACAGCACAGAGACAGAGGAGGAGGAAGACGAGGAGCUGGAGGAGAGGAGGGAGGAAGAGGAGGACGAGAGUGAGAGGAGGGCAAUGAAGGCUUCGCUGGAGAGCCGAAAGCAGUCUUUGGACAUGCUGAUCAAGAUGAGUCAGGCAUCAGUGGUGAACACAGAGGUUCUCUCUCCGGGUGGUCUGGGUGUCAGGUCCAGUCCGGCGGAGGCCUUGUGGCCGAGCAGAACCACCAAGUGUGAGGCAGACUCCAGCGUCCUGCUCUGCCCCGACGGCCGAUCAGUGGUGUUCGCCGACAUCCCCAACUCUGCCAUAACCUUGAAGAGACCCUCGUCCAUACAGCGACGAGAAGCUCAGUGUCCCCCGAGCCCUUUGACGGCUACUGACAACUGAACCUCGACUCUUUCUGACUCUAAUAUUACUGAUUCUUUACUGUCCUCAAAUGCAGUAAUGUUCUUUUGGUACCAGCAUGCCUUUGAUUCUCACUGGCUGGAAGAGGACGUCUCACUUAUUCUCAGUUUACCUUCACAAAAAACCUCAAACAUUUUGCACCUUAUGAGAAAAAUGAAUGAUAAUUUGGAAGAGAAGGAUUUCUAGUGCACUAAGAACAUUGAUUGUUACAAUAAUAAAAAUAAUAUUUUAAAGGUAACAUCUGCACUUAGUAAUUUCCAUGAGGAUAAUUUAAAUAACUAAGUCCAUUACGAUUAUGCUGAGAGACAAUCCUUUUAAUGGACUUGUAAAUACUGUAAUUACAAUAAAAUGUAAGUAAAAUGUUUUAAAAGGGUAAAUGGUUUUAUAUGGAUGAUGUCAUGUUGGGCUGCAUCAUUUCACUUGGUGAAAAUAAAAUGUAUUAUACACACUGUA